AGAUAAACCGGUCCUGCCCGACAGUCCUCGCGCGACUCUCGUGCUGUGAACAUCGCUCGCUCGGCUUCCAAUCAAGAACGAGAGUGUCCGAAACACUCGACGACGACGACGACUCGAAACUUUUCUACGAUUUACCGUCCAAAGUAACUUUCAUCGGCCUCGACACCCUAACCGUUUUCGCGAGAUACUUUGUAAGACUUUGCGUAAACGCUGCGAGCUUUCCACCACGGACAACAUGAAGAGACCUAACUCGACGCACGUGACGAUGGAAAUUUUCUCGCCGAUGAAAAGUGAGAAAGAAGUGCGGUCGAAGUUUCAAAUACGCACUCGCGACGCGAACGAAUGAAGAAUCUGUCGGAGUAACAGACUACGCUCUGGACUCAACUAUUCAAUAUCAAAGAAUUGAACAUCGAAUAGAACAGUGGUGAAGAAUGACUAUUCUGCUCACGUGCUACCUAUAGAAAAAUCGUGAUGUAUUCAAACGUCCUACGAAUUCAUUUUCACUGAAAAUUAUUUAAAUUCUUCAGACCAACUCUGGUGAUUUAUUCGUAAGAAUUGAAAAUCAGAUGGUGUAAACAUUAGCUAACAAAACACUAUCCGAAAUAUAACAUGGGGGACGAAAUUUCGAUAUUCUUAGUGGUGAUUCUUGCAAUUGGCGGUUUAAUGAUGAUGAGCGCAUUGCUAGCCUGCUACGCGUGUAUCUUCCGAGAUCUCUGCUGUAGACCAGAGGACAGAUCAAAAAGGAGACGUGCCCAGAGCCCUCACCAUGAACCUGAUGAUCCUAACAGACCCAGAUUGGAGGCAAUGCUAUUAAAUGAUAUUACGCAAGGAGAAAGUAUGCCUACUGAAUCUGAGAAAGUUUAAUCAAAAGAAACUAUACGCGAUAUGAAAUUUAUAUCAAGGAUUAACUUCUUGAACGUAAAUCGAUAAUCUUAGGAGAAAACUAAUCAAACAGAAAAUAGGAGCAUUUAAAGAAUAUGUCGUUCACGUUUUUCAUUAAUGAUUGUAAAUACGACGUAUAAACGGACAUAAUUUCAUUUUUAUUUCAAACUAUUCUAUGUUGCAGAUUAAUGUAUUAUGUACAUAUUCGAAUACAUUUAUAUAUGUAUAUACAUACAUUGUGUAUUAUAUAUAUGCAGCAAACAUCAUGUAAUAAAAAAUCUCUGUUAAAAAUAUUUAACAUAGUUUGGUCACCAACAAACGGCAUGCCAUAUUAUAUGGCUGUGUCUAAAUCUAUAAUAUUAAUAUAUAAAAUAAAUUUCUAUUU